CGUGAAAUAUUAAAUAAUUUUUUAAAUUUCAGAUAGAAAUACCUUUAUCACUCAUUAAAAAAGCAAAGAAACAGGAGAAAGUUGAUGAAAUCUGAACUUUUCAUUCAUGAUUUUCGUUUUGAAAGUCCAGCAACAGGCAGCUGAAACCAGUUCCGUACGUCGUAGAUGCUACAACAACACAAAUCAAGAAAUGGCCACGUAUUUUGUUUUAUCCUUUGCUGUUUUGAUAACUUUUUUCUCGGUCAUUGUGUCUGGAAAUGACGCGGAACGACCGUGGUAUGAGACCCUUCCCGCCGUUGCCAUGGAUUACAAAGUUCACAUCGACGCAGGGAAGGAAGAUUGUUACUGGCAGUACGUUCAACCAGGUGCCACUUUCUACGUGAGUUUCCAAGUGAUCCGCGGCGGUGAUGGCAUGGCAGGUUUCGCCGUUCGGAAUCAACAGAACGAAAUUGUGCAUCCGUAUCAGUGGCAAGCCAGCAGCGAUUACACGGAAAAUCAAAGUAAAGGCGGUUACUACGCCGUUUGCGUCGACAAUCAAUUUUCGCGAUUCGCUGCGAAACUCGUCAACUUGUACAUCACCGUCAUCCGGUAUGACGAGUGGGAAAAGUAUGCGCAGGAAAUCCAGGACCUCAAUGUGAACAUGCAGAAUUUCUCGUCAACCAUUAUCAAUGUGGAGACGCGCGUCAACGAAGUCUUCCAGUAUUUGUCGGCGGCGCGAGCGUGGGAGGCACGCGAUUAUGCCUUAAUUGUCGACAACAAUUCCUACGUCAUGUACUGGUCGAUUAUCCAGAUCUGCGUUAUUUUACUCACGACAACGCUCACGGUUUACUUUGUGCGAAAAUUAUUCGAUAUUAAGGGCGGAUCGUCAAGAAGUCGCAUCUAAACAUUCCACGAAAAGACAUUACCAAGCCGUACUUAGGAGAAGUUACUGAAGCACAAAUGAUCAAGAGUUCCGCUGAGCAUGGAACAAAACUAUUUUUGAUAUGCAAUGUUUAAAAAUUUAUGCUAAAAAUGAAGAUGUUGUUAAAAUAUAAAA